UCGGGGCAGCCAAAGCCGCUCAUUGCACCGGCUGGCCUCGCGUGUGCACAGAUUUCUGCACACGUUAUGAUAUAAAACGAUGAUUCUAAUACAAGAGUAAACUAAAACAUGCCAAAGUCCGCGAAGAAGUCCAGCACCGCUCAGACCUCCAUUAGCAGGUACUUUGGAGGUCAGAGCAGGAGAGGUUCCUCCAUCAACCAGAGUACUGCUCAGCACCAGCUUUCAAGAGGCAAGAAGAAACUUUCCCCUGAUCAUGGUGAUUUGGGAUUGUCACCAAAACGAGCCAAGCUUUGUGUCCAAGACCAGCAGGUGGAGGAUUUGGACUGUGAGCCUUCAUCCUGCCAGAGCACUAAAGAGACGACGCUAACCUGGAGCCGAGGGGCAGCCGGCCUCUGCUCCUCCACCUUGGAGAAGCUGAAAGGCUUCACCUGCUCAGCCGAGCCCGGUGUCCCUCGGAGGGAAGAACAGAAGACAGAUGUUGCUGGUAGCAGUACAAUCUGUGACAGAGGAGGCGGCGCUCUGCCUCCCCGGGACGGAACAGAUCAACAAAACAAUAAAAACAGUCUUCAACAGACAGAUGGCGAGUUUGAGGAGGAGGAGGAGCUUAAGGAGAAGGAGGAGGAGGACGUCAAAGAAGAGGAGAGUUCAGGGCUGCAUGCUGCAAAACAGGGCUUCCGCUUGUCACAGUUUGCCAAGUCAGGAGGAGGAGGACGCGGAGGACGCCGACGACGGCAAGAAAGGGGUGUAGAGCUGAGUCCUCCAUCAGACUCCGGAAACCCCUCCAGACGCUCGAAGAGCGCGUACACUCCCCUGGAACAGCAGGUCAUCCAGCUGAAACAGCAGCACAAGGACGCCUUGUUGGCUGUGGAGUGUGGAUACAAGUACAGGUUCUUUGGGGAGGAUGCAGAGAUUGCUGCAAAGGAGCUGAAUAUCGUCAGUCACCUGGAUCAUAACUUCAUGACGUGCAGCAUCCCCACACACCGUUUGUUUGUUCACGUCAGACGGCUGGUGUCCCACGGACACAAGGUUGGUGUGGUUAAGCAGACGGAGACGUCUGCAAUCAAGGCCUUGGGGGCCAAUAGGAACGCUCUUUUCUCUCGUCAGCUGAGUGCUCUGUACACCAAGUCCACUCUGGUGGGAGAGGAUGUGAACCCGGUCUGCAGACUGGGUGAUGGGGAGGAGGGGGGCUGUGGUGACGUGGUGCCGGACCCUCCUGACAGCUUCCUGCUGUGUAUCAGCGAGAACUGGGACAAACUGAAGAAGCAGCUCACUGUGGGGCUGGUGGCGGUUCAGCCCAGCACAGGAGACGUGUUACUGGACUGCUUCCCCGAUGGUCAGUCUCGCUCUGAGCUGGAAGGUCGCGUCCUAAAGAUUAACCCCGUGGAGAUCCUGGUGCCCUCUGACCUCUCAGAGCAAACCCACAGACUCCUGCAGAGCAUCGCCAAUGCCAGCGCUCAGGCUGAUGACCGAGUGAGAGUUGAGAGGAGGGACAGCGCUCAGUUUGAGUUCGCCUCUGCAAUGAACACAGCCACCGAGUUCUACUGCCACGCCCCGGAGAAAGGCUCUCGCUCUCUGUCGUGUGUAGCGUCCUUGGAGAGCCCAGUGAUCUGCUGUCUGGGGCCGCUCAUCCAGUACCUCCAAGAGUUCAACCUCGAAAGGGUUCUAAGGAGCGAAAGCUCAUUCCUACGUCUGUCCUCUGAGUCCGACGGUAUGAACCUCAGUGCCGCCACCCUCAGGAACCUGGAGAUCCUCAACAAUCAGACAGAUGGCGGCGUGAGGGGCAGUCUGCUGUGGGUGUUGGAUCACACUCGCACUCCGUUUGGGAGGAGACUGAUGAGGAAGUGGGCGAGCCGGCCCCUCACAGACCCACGGUCUAUCUCAGAGAGGCAGGAUGCGGUGCAGGAGAUCCUGGAAUCUCACUCGCUCACUUUGAAUUCCGUCAGGUCCCUGUUGUCGCGUUUGCCCGACCUGGAGAGAGGCAUCUGCAGCAUAUACCACAAAAAGUCUUCCACGCAGGAGUUCUACCUCAUUAGCAGCGGCCUUUCUCGACUGGGGAGUGAACUGCAGGCCUUGCUCCCAGCUAUCCAGUCACAGAUCACCUCCGGGCUGCUCCGAGGCCUCUUGUUGGACACCCCCGACCUGCUGGCUCCGGCCCAAAGCCACCUCAAGGUGCUCAAUGAAAGGGCUGCCAAGACAGGAAAUAAGACGGAGCUGUUCUCAGACCUGUCCGACUUCCCGGUGCUGCGGAAAAGGAGGGAGCAGAUCCAGACUGUCCUCAGCCAGAUUCAGGACCACCGCAAAGAAAUCCGACUGACGCUGAAGGCCCCGGCGCUGGACUACGUCACCGUCUCUGGACAGGAGUUUCUGAUUGAGGUGAAGAACUCGCUGUCGUCCACUGUUCCACCUGACUGGGUCAAAAUCAGCAGCACCAAGGCAGUGAGCAGGUAUCACUCUCCUUACCUGGCGGAGCGCUACAAGAAGCUACUGCAGCUCCGAGAGCAGCUGCUGCUGGACUGUCAGAGGGAGUGGACCAAUUUUCUGGAUCAGUUUGGGGAGCACUAUCACACCAUGAAAAGGGCUAUUAGUCACCUAGCAACCAUGGACUGUCUCUUUUCAUUGGCUGAGGUGGCUAAACAAGGGGACUAUUGCAGGCCAGAGGUGUGUGAAGGUCAGCGACAGAUCAUGAUCAGGGACGGCAGACACCCUGCCAUCGACUUACUGAUGGGAGAGCACCACCAGUAUGUGCCCAACCUCACCGAACUACAGGGCGAAGGCAGGAGAACUAUGAUAAUCACUGGUCCUAAUAUGGGGGGUAAGAGCUCCUACAUCCGCCAGGUGGCCCUGAUCUGUGUUAUGGCUCAGAUGGGCUCCUACGUCCCGGCCUCUGAGGCCCGCCUGGGCAUGCUGGACGGCAUUUAUACCAGGAUGGGGGCUUCUGACAACAUUUACAAAGGCCGCAGUACGUUCAUGGAAGAGCUGACUGAAGCCUCCGAGAUAAUUUUUCGUGCAACCGAACGUUCAUUAGUCAUCCUCGAUGAGCUGGGACGGGGAACCAGCACCCAUGAUGGGAUCGCCAUUGCCUAUGCCACCCUGGAGUUCUUCAUCAGAGAUGUGAAAGCCCUCACCCUGUUUGUGACCCAUUACCCUCCUCUGUGUGAGCUGGAGCGGGUGUAUCCUGAACACGUGUCCAACUACCACAUGGCUUUCCUACUUAAUGAACCUGACAUCACAGCUGACACUGACGACGGAGAGGUUCAGCCGGAGUUCAUCACUUUCCUCUACCAGUUAACUGAAGGAGCUGCAGGGCGGAGCUACGGCCUGAAUGUCGCCCGAUUGGCUGACAUCCCAGACCACAUACUACAGACCGCUGCACGCAAAGCCCGAGAGCUGGAGAGCAUGGUUAACGCCAGGAGGAAGAAUAAGAAACUUCUGUCAGAUCUUUGGAGCGUCUCAGACAAAUCGUCCCUCAUGGGGUGGCUGCAGUCAAACUCUUGACAUCGGCGUCCCAGUAGUCCACGCCAUGAAGAAGAGAGAACCCAGCUAUCAGUGAAGGAGCAUGCUUGAAGCAGAAUAUCCAAGGAAGAAGUAAAAAGAGGGGAAAGAGAGGACUCAGCACUUAUUGGAGUAGAGUGGUUUGUUGCUGCUCUCUUUGCUAGUGAGUGUGUGUGUGUG